CCUCGGCCAGUACUAGAGCUGCCAAGAUUGCUCGGCGUCUGGCCGCGAGAGGCCGCGUGCGCAUGCGCCAGUCGGAGGCCCGUGGACACCAGCGCACCACAUCUCUCCGCACUUUCAACUUUGCGGCCCAAUUUGACAGAUGCUGCCACCUAACGGGUCUCGUCGAACUGCGAUGCCCAAGAAGUGAUUUGACCACGCCCACCUCCGUCACACACAGCCUGGUGUGCAAUAACAACAACGCAUUUCCUCAAAAAUUAUUGAAUUCGAGAAAUUCGCAAAAUUCAAAGUACGAUGACGUCCGUCUGAGCACCGAGAAUGUCCUCCUCCGUGACACGCAUGGUGGGCACCGCCACCGUCAGGGCCGUCAAAGGUCGCAAGCUCGUUCCUCAGAGGGCUGCCCUUGUGUUGACGCAGAGUGCUGUGAAUAAGCUUAAGGAAAUCCUGGAGAGUAAAAAAGAAUUCAUAGGGGUGCGUGUCGGAGUAAAGCAGCGUGGUUGCAAUGGUCUCAGCUACACUCUUGAUUACGCAACAGAGAAGGAAAAAUUGGACGAGGAAGUUUGCCAAGAUGGUGUGAAAGUUUUCAUCGACAAGAAGGCGCAACUGACCCUCUUAGGCACGGAGAUGGACUAUGUCGAAGCAAAACUGUCUUCGGAGUUUGUCUUCAACAACCCCAACAUCAAGGGCACGUGUGGCUGCGGCGAAAGCUUCUCCAUUUAAUGGACUGGCAAAAAAAAAAUGAGAAAAGAUUGUUAGUCUGCCCGUAAAUAGAUGUUUGGUUGUUGGAUAAGCUGCGUUGUUAUUUCGAGGAGUGCGCAACGGCCGCUCCGAACAUGUGAUGCUAGUCAAGUAGAGUGAAUAAUACAAACUGACUGGAGGUAAGAAUAAAAAUAAUGUUGAUUUAUUUGGUUAAAAAA